AUACGCGAAACGAGAAAGAUUGCAUUGUGAAAAUGCGGCUUGAAAUGGUAGCCCCUGUAAAUUUGGCUUGAAAAAUCUCAACGCAUGUGCAAAAGCAUCGUGUGAACCACGGAGUUCGAAGAGAACAACCUCGGGUUCGUCGAUGGCACUUAUACCGUGUUUAUCAUCGUUUAUUGUUUUCAUUUGCCGAUUAGUGGUGGCAUAAUUUUUAAAGAAAAUAAAUUAGUGCACUCCCACAACCGAGCCAAGGCGUCAAGUGAAAGAGAAAUGUACGCCCCGCGCAGUUGAUAGAAAAUUAAUCGCUUCCCCUAAUAAAGUCGGUGGGUUCGCUCUCGUGGGACACUGCCACUGGAUUAACGUAGGUAAUAUAGCUGAAGAAGUCAACCGAGGAGAUUGCUCUACAAAGUACGAAAUCAUUAUUUUUACCACUAACUUACAGCGUAAAUACUUUCUCAAACUGUAAAUCACCCCGUACACCCAGGGUGUGGCUGACCGGGCCUUUGUUACAUUUCUCUUAUAGGCUAUGUUCAAAAUGGCAAGUCCCAGCUCAUGAUCCUUUUCAAGGUUAGAAUUUUCUCCAAUCUAGGACCCCGAUACGUUUGUACCUUUAACUAUUUUUAACUCCUCGUACUGUCAUGAUCUUACUUCCUGCGUAGAGUCUCAUCUGAUGAUUCUGUACAACGGAUCACUAGACCGAAAGAAAAAAGAAAUUCUCUUUUUCAAAGUACCGUUAGAAUACUCAAAAUUUGAUAUGGCAAUUCAUAAUAACAAUAAUAUUCUUCCCUGACAUCUAUACCUGUUGUCUUAUCUCUAACUCAUUUCUAGCUGUUGAAAUAACGUAAGAAUUCAGCUAUGUCUGCCCCUUCGUCGUCGUCCAAGGGGCUGGGAGGGGAAAAACCCGGAGGUACGAGUCCUAGUCCCGUUGAAGGUGUGGAGGGCGUUCCAGGACCAAGUACGUUAGACCCGCUGCAAACUGCUAUAGCGCAUGACGGCGAGUCCGAUGAUUAUGGAGAGGAAGCUGAAGAAGAAGAAGAAGAUAGCACAGAUGAAGAAAGUGAGACAAGCGACGGAGGCAUGUACUGCGACGCAGAAUGCGGCGAAGAGAACGAAAGCACCGAUCGUCAUACGUUAGCUCUGCAAUCGCCUCCGGCAUUACCUCCUAGACCCCUCAGUCCUAUAUUACAUACUUGUGUUCCGCUGGACGCAGUUCAGCCUCAGAGGAAACGCAAGAGCGAAGCGGAGUCUUCGUUACCCUGUAAAAAGCUUAACCCAGAGGAAAAGACUUAUGUUAUGGUUGUGAAACGAGUGGAUGACAAAGGGAAACACGUGAGGAGCGUUAUCCCCACCAGAGACAAUCCUCCUCCGGAGAUGAGCAAUUGGUUGCUACAAUUUCAGAGAUGGUCAAAUGCGGAGAGAAUGUUAGCUAUAGACGAACUGAUAGAAAGGUGCGAACCGACUCAAGUUCGGCACAUGAUGCAAGUCAUCGAACCACAAUUUCAGAGGGAUUUCAUAUCGUUACUGCCCAAAGAGUUGGCAUUGUCAGUGUUAGCGUUCUUAGAACCGCGAGAUUUAUUGCGUGCAGCGCAAACAUGCAGGAAUUGGCGCUUUCUUGCAGAUGACAAUCUAUUGUGGAAAGAAAAGUGUCGAGCGACAGGGAUAGAUGACCUUAGGGAUCUGCCGACUCCGAAACGUAAAAACAGUCGAAAUUCAAACAGUUGUUCCUCGCCGUGGAAGCAGGCGUACAUGAGGCAGCAUAACAUCAAAAUGAAUUGGAGAACCAAACCAAUCCGUCCACCCAAAGUCCUGAAGGGACACGACGACCACGUUAUAACCUGUUUACAGUUUUCUGGCAACAGAAUAGUCAGUGGCUCCGACGACAAUACCCUCAAAGUCUGGUCCGCCGUCACCGGAAAGUGUUUGAGGACGCUAGUGGGGCAUACAGGUGGCGUUUGGUCUUCCCAGAUGUCAGGUACGACUGUAAUUAGCGGUAGUACGGACCGUACGCUGAAAGUAUGGAACGCGGAAACGGGCCAGUGUAUACACACUCUUUACGGGCAUACGUCAACGGUGAGGUGUAUGCAUCUUCACGGAAACAAGGUCGUCAGCGGUAGCAGAGAUGCAACUUUGAGGGUGUGGCAAGUCGACACCGGAGAGUGUCUUCACGUAUUAGUUGGUCACCUGGCGGCUGUUCGGUGUGUGCAAUACGACGGCAAACUGGUGGUCAGCGGUGCCUACGACUACAUGGUCAAGGUCUGGAAUCCCGAACGAGAAGAGUGCCUUCACACGCUUCAAGGACACACCAACCGCGUUUACUCCCUUCAAUUCGAUGGUGUUCAUGUAGUAAGCGGAUCGUUAGAUACGAGCAUCAGAGUGUGGGAAGUAGAGACGGGUGCGUGUAGGCACACUCUGAUGGGUCAUCAGUCUCUCACGUCGGGCAUGGAGCUCCGCAACAAUAUUCUUGUGUCCGGUAACGCGGAUUCUACGGUCAAAGUUUGGGAUAUUGUCAGCGGCCAUUGUCUGCAGACCCUCUCCGGACCUGACAAACAUCAGUCGGCUGUCACUUGCCUACAAUUUAACAGUCAUUUCGUUAUAACCUCCUCCGAUGACGGAACUGUCAAACUCUGGGAUGUGAAGACCGGGGAGUUCAUAAGGAAUCUCGUAGCUCUGGAAAGUGGCGGUAGUGGUGGUGUAGUGUGGAGAAUUAGAGCAAGCGAUACUAAAUUGGUUUGUGCCGUUGGAAGUCGUAACGGUACAGAGGAAACCAAAUUGCUUGUUCUCGAUUUCGACGUGGAGGCAAAAUAGUCUUCCCGUCAAUGGGAGAGACGACUCCUCUACGUGACCUCUGUACAUAAUAUAAUUAGGUAGCAUAACCAAUCUACUGUACAAUGUUCAUGUACUACAUGGUGUGAUUGUGAUAAGACUGCAUGAAAACACAAAUCGUGAAGAAUUAAAAAAAAAAACAUAAACAUAAACAAAAUUAACAAGCGUGAACAUCGUCGUCACCGGGUAACAUAAAAAAAUUUAAAAAGAAAUUAAAAAAAAAAAAUAAUAAUCUAUCGAUCGUGGGUCGGAACGUACUGCAGAGUACAAACGUAAAAACAAAGAUAAAACCUAAGUUUUCAAUCCAACUGCGGAGACGUGUGAAGUGGGGCUAAUCGGAUUUAUUACGCGAUAUUGGGUAAAAAAAAAUAGAACAAUAACGAUAAAAACUCGGUAAUUUCUGUACAGAUUCUUUAGUAUUCUCCAAGAAUUUAUUCAUGGGCAUUUAAAUGUCCAGAGAGGAAAUAAGAUCUCAACAAUUUCUAGCACUGAUCGUAUUAGAAUUUCCAGAUCAACUAACAGCACUACCUAAUAUUCAGGUUAUUUUGGGGUUAACUUUAAAUUCGCACAAGGCACAUCUACGGUUACCUGGGCAUUCGGUGCACACCAUGCCGGACCAGAAGUCAUGUUUCUUUACACAAUCAUGUCAGUCAUAUUCAUCUUUUUCUGGCAGCUAAAUCAUUCUGACCAAUAAUCGAACCGAUCUAUUUUGUCAAACCUCAUCUGGCGGAGUAAAUUAUUCAUUUGUUGUGUGUUAAAGUAUGACUUGGCAGGAAUAAGUGGUGUGUUUUCAAGGAAAGUAAAGAAAAGAGAGAAAGUAACCGUCGUUAUUUCACAAUUUUCGCCAUUGACGUUGAAAAAUAUCGGUUUACUUUUUUUCCCCCGUCUUUUAUCUAUUUUUCAAAUGAAUUGUAAAUUAAAUAUUUUCGAAAGAAAAUGAAGAGGUGUGAGUGAUUAGGGCAUUAUUAUUUUUGAAUGAAUUUAGUUCUCGUAAUUAUUGUUACGUUUUUUUCUUGUUAUUAUCAAUUACUAUUUAUUUCCGUUGAAAUUCAUUCGCAUCGGGAUUUGUAGGUACGAAUUAUUUAAUCAAUUGGCAGAUCUGCUUGUGAAUAUUAUCGAGAAUAUUUCUCGGAGAACAAAAAAUUUAUCCUUUCAUUCCAUAUGAAUUCGGGAAUGUAAGAUGCUAUUAGAAAUUAUAAUAAUACAUUAGUGAUCAUUUUGUCGACUAAUCCAAUUGUACAGCAAUACAUUUCAUCUAUCGAAAGUGAAGAACAAAAAAAGAGAGAGAAAUAUAGAAAAAUAAUAAUAGUAGUAAUAAUAAUAAUAAUAAUAGUAAUAAUAAAUAAUAACAAUAAUCAUAUUUUCCAGGCGUCUAGAAUUUAUUUUCUAGAUAUUGUUAGAAUAUUGAAUAAAUUAAUCCACAUACCUUAUGCGCAUAAAAUUGACUGAUUAGUAAUUUCUCGGCUGCUAUAAAUUAAUCAUCACAUAUUGGAAUGAAAUAUUUUCAUUCCAUCUAGUGCGUACGUACGUACCAUGUGAAAUGUACUAUGUGAACUGAAGCCUAUUCGAGACAACACGAUGAAUUACGAAAUCCUAAUGUAUGUGCCUAACAAAAUUGAUAAGAGCUAAUAAUUGGUAAUAAUAAUAGGUUUUUUGUAAACUUUAAUGUAUAGUGAUGAGUACGUAUAUAUUUUGAAAUUCUGUUUUUCAACGUUUCUCUUUUGUUGUUUAUUUUUUUUAUAAACUUUUGUUUAAUGUAAUAACGGUGAAAUUGUUGAUAAAUGGCAGAGUUAUUUAAAAGAAGAUAAAAAAAAUGCUCGUAAUGGGAGAAAAGAAAAAAGAAAUGGGCAAAUAUUUGUUUAUUUGUUUUUUCCUAAUUUAUCGAUUUGUGCCAGUAUUAAAAUAUCUAAUCGUGAAAAUCUCGAGAAGAAUAGUAAAAAUUUUAUGACAGUAAUAUUUUUCUCACACAAAAAACGAGAAACAAGGAAAAAAGUGGAAAGUUUCAAAAAUCACUUCUCGUAGUUAUUUAUUUUCAAUUAAUCACUCCAGGUUUUACCAGCAGCGGUUGCUCAAUAUAAGAGAUACUGGCAGUAAUUAACCUUACAUAGAAACCUAACUACGUACAUUUCUUCCGAUAUCAAGUAACAAAUGAUACGCGUUGAAAAUUUGAAAUAGUUGAUAAAAAAGAAAAGAAACAAUAACAAUGGCGUACGUAUUGUGUUGAAAAAUUGUUAUAAAAUGAAUUUAUGUUAUCAACUGUGCUUCGGUCGUGUACCAUUUGUGGACCACUUUGUGCUCGUCAGCUUUUUAUCCAUGCGACUGUUUUUGUCGUGCAAAAAUUGUUAAGUCAUAUGUAUCUCUUACUGAUAAAUCCAUGUUUUAACUAGCUAAAUAUUGUCGGAGAUCCAAAUAAUGUGGAAUGAAAGUGAACCAAUUUGUUUCAGCUGAUAUCGGUAGUCACUGUUUUGUAAACGCAGUAAAUAAUAGGUCUAUAUCGACCCAGUACGACCUUCGAUUCGAAUAUCUUGUAACAAAAGUCUGUUUCAGUCAUGAUACAAUAAGGAUAGUUGUGUUUCUUAACUUGUGCAAUACGUGUGUCGAAUAGGACAUCCACCAUACGAAUCAAUCGUUGUCGAUAUCUAAAAAAUCCCCACUAAAGGCUGAUUUUUUAGACGGACAAAAUCAAUAAUCAUCGCAUUGCAUCUUGUUGGUUGUGAUAUAUGUAUGAUAUGAUUGAAAACAACUAACAGAUCCAUGAAAACGCAUCUUUACUUGUUGUACCGUGAUCUUUCUCCAAGGAUCAUGUUUUAUUUGUAUAUUGCUCAAUAGUUUAUAUUAUAAGAAUGUGUUAUCUGUUGUAUCAUUUUUUAUAAGAAAUAGAAAAUGUUGCUGCAUUUUA